CAGUGCAGUGUGACCAUCUUUGGCUUACACACGCCGCCACACCUGACGUAACAGCGUUUUCGCAUUUGCUGUGAUCUUUAAACUCGACAAAUUCCUAUUAUUUAUUUGAUUAAAAAUAAGCCACCAAACAUGCUGAAGCUUCCACUGACUCAACUGCUGAGGCAUUCCAUGGCCAACCAACUGUUGCGCAGCCAAACGCGCCUUUUACACUUGGGCGAAGCCAAUGUGCUCAGCAGCGAAAUUGAUAAGCAAUCAGUCGAGUAUAAGGAUAAUGCUAGCGAGAUGCGCAAGUUGGUUGGAGAGCUGCGUCAGCUAACCAGUCAGGUGUUAACAGGUGGCGGCCCUAAGGCCAUCGAGCGUCACACCUCGCGCGGCAAGUUGUUGGCCAGGGAACGCAUUAAUCUGUUGCUGGACAAGGGCUCACCUUUCCUGGAGCUGAGCACCUUAGCUGGUCAUGAGCUGUAUGGCGAUGAGCUCGUCAAUGCCGGUGGCAUUGUUACAGGUGUAGGCAGGGUGUGCGGCACCGAAUGCGUGGUGGUGGCGAAUGAUGCCACCGUCAAGGGCGGCAGCUAUUAUCCCAUAACAGUGAAGAAGCAUUUGCGUGCCCAGGAAAUAGCUCAGGAGAAUCGCUUGCCCUGCAUCUAUUUGGUUGAUUCCGGUGGCGCCAAUUUGCCACGUCAGGCGGAAGUGUUUCCGGACAAGCUGCAUUUCGGGCGCAUCUUCUACAAUCAGGCGAAUAUGUCAGCUCAGGGCAUACCACAAAUUGCCGUUGUUAUGGGCAGCUGCACAGCUGGCGGAGCUUACGUCCCAGCCAUGGCAGAUGAGAGCAUCAUUGUGAAGAAACAGGGCACCAUCUUUUUGGCUGGCCCACCGUUGGUCAAGGCAGCCACUGGCGAGGAGGUGUCUGCCGAGGAUUUGGGUGGCGCCGAUUUGCACUGCAAGACUUCCGGUGUCACGGAUCAUUAUGCUGUGGAUGAUGAGCAUGCUCUGUAUCUGGCCAGGCAAAUCGUUAGCAAUCUCAACUUGGAUGCAACGAAUGCUUACAAUGAGCAACUGCAGCAUUCCAGUAAACAGAAUUUCGGCUCAGCCACGCCAGCAGCAGUUGUGGAGGAGCCGCUGUACGAUCCAAAGGAACUCUACGGCAUAGUUGGACCCAAUCUAACAAAGAGUUUUGAUGUUCGCGAUGUCAUUGCUAGAAUUGUGGACGGCAGUCGCUUCACUGAGUUCAAGAAGCUCUACGGCGAGACUUUGGUUUGCGGAUUUGCCAAGCUCUAUGGCAGCACUGUCGGCAUAGUGGGCAACAACGGUGUGCUCUUCUCGGAGAGUGCUCUAAAGGGCGCACAUUUCAUACAGCUGUGCGCGCAGCGUAAGAUUCCACUGAUCUUCCUGCAAAAUAUAACGGGCUUCAUGGUGGGCCGCGAUGCUGAGGCUCAUGGCAUUGCCAAGAAUGGCGCCAAGAUGGUCACCGCCGUUGCCUGUGCGAAUGUGCCCAAGUUGACGGUGAUCAUUGGCGGCUCCUAUGGCGCCGGCAAUUACGGCAUGUGCGGUAGAGCCUAUUCGCCGAGGUUCCUUUACAUGUGGCCCAAUUCACGCAUCUCUGUCAUGGGCGGCACACAGGCUGCCAAUGUGCUAGCGCAGAUCACCGAGGAUCAGCGUAAGCGCGCGGGCAAAGAAUUUAGCGAGGAGGAAGCGCAGAAGCUAAAGACUCCAAUUGUGGAAAUGUUCGAAAGGGAGGGUUCACCCUAUUACAGUACAGCACGCUUGUGGGACGAUGGCAUUAUUGAUCCAGCAAAUACAAGGCAAGUGCUUGGCCUGAGCCUUAAGGCAGCUCUAAAUAAUUCCGUACAGGAAACCAAAUUUGGAGUUUUCCGCAUGUAGAAAAAUUUGAAUGUUAAAAACUUGACAUUUACAUUUUUCUGUGAGAUUUCUAUGCAUUUGUGAGCAUUUAAUGUUCAAAUAUGUUGUAACUGUUGCAUUUAUUAGUGUUAAGUGAAAAUGUGUUGUAAACUUGUUUGCCAUUUUUUUGUAUACACAAUGGGCGUGGCCCGGCAAGUUGUUUUUAAAUUUAAAUUAAACUGCGAUCGAUACUGAGUAAAGUUGUUAACAGCAUCGGCUUAUCGAUAUGACACAACUAUGUUAGUUACUAACAGUG